AUGUCCUUCUACUGGUGCACCAACCUGGGCAAGUUUCGUCACCCCAUGGGACCUCCUCCCAUAGGAAAUGGGUAUUACAACCGGAGCGACCUCAGACAUCCAGAGCGCAACUCCUGUAGCAUCAAGCUUCUGCUUUCCCCACCGUUCAUGGAUCAGGAAGUGGAUCUGGAGGCCUACAUCACGUGCGUCUCCUUCUUCAUCCAGCUUCAUAUAGUGCGGUUUAGGACCAAUGCUGAUCAAGUGUACUUCUUCCUGCAAGGGUGCAGCAGUCCGGAAAGCCUUCUCUGGGCGGUGCAGAUCAUGAAGGCACACCUCAACGAGCGCGAGCGUUGGGAGUGCUUCCCAGAGUACGCGACCAUCACGCAGGUGGUCAAGCUCUUCCGCCUCCGCUUUGGUGUCCUCGACAAGCAGCGUGCGGCACAGGCUAAGUUUGAGGCACUCAAUUACAAUGACGCAGCCUUUGUUCAGGCGUUCAGGCGUGGCCUUGACCCGGCCCUGCACAAGAAGAUUGCAGACAUGGCAGAGCCACCUCAUACGAUCUACGGCUGGAAGGAGGUCACACUUGACAAGGAUGCCUACCAUCGCGCUACACAAGAAGAAGACAAGGUCUGGACUGACAAGUCCGCACAGUCGUUGGGCACUCGCGCAGAGGGACCUUCCUCUAGCCAAGUGCCUGCACAUGUCCAGGCUGCUUUUACAUGCCUAAUGGAGGACAAGCGCGCAGACCUUCAUCACUGCAGGGUGUGCUUCUACUACCGCAAGGCCGGUAACAGGUUCUUCGUGUGUCCAGAACUUCUGGAGGAGAAAGUAAAGGAGAAGGAGUAG